CAUGUGGGGAGGGGGAGGAGAGGGCAGGAAGACAGAGAGCCUCCAACACUUGGACUUUAUUUACACUUUACAGAAACAGCAUGGCGAGUUUGGAGAGAAAACGCAAAGUGAAAUUCGACCCUAUGGAAUUAGAGGUUCUGGUAGAUGAGGCCAAUAAACACUUACAUGAGCUACAGCAAAGAAACCUGAGUGUCUCACAAAGGAACGCUAUAUGGGAAGAAAUCUGUGAAAACGUAAAUGCUGUUGGUAAAACGAUACGAACAGUGCAUGAAGUGAAAAGAAGACAUCAAGACAUCAGAAGAAGAACAAAAGAAAAAUUGGCGUAUAAUAAAACGUCAGUAGAUGAGAUACCUCUGACCAAGAUUGAGGAACAGGUCCAGUUAACGUUCUGCGAGGAGCAAGUCACUGGAAUUGCCGGGUAUGACGCACUGGACCUAAAAGCAGAACAAGAAUCUUCAUCAGAAGUUCAGCCAUCCCCCUCAAAUUCCCCCAGAGCAGCCGCCACCCCUGCAGAGCCUCGAAAGGGCCCAGAGGACAUUGAUCUGGAGAUGCUGCAGGAACAAAAGAAACAAUCUGCAGCCCUUCAGACAAUUGCACGAGAGAUGCGAGCGGCGUCAUCGAUGGCACGGGCGGCCAGGCGCGACACUCAGGCCAUUGCCACGCACUGCAGACAGGUGGUCAGCGCAGUAUCUGCCCUGACGAUGGCUGUCAAUUCUGUGGCAAGAGAGCUACGGGAAGGGGUUCAGGCAUUGACUGCCCUCAAUCCAGGUGGAGAAGCGGGCCGACCAAGUCCCACAGCGACAGCUAGGCAGCCUGGGACCGGAGAGGGAGGAGAGGUGCGCACGCCUGGCAAGCUCCACCUGCGUAAAAGGAAACACAAAUAAUAACUCAACUGUCACGUUUAAGUUUUCUUAUACUGGCUGUGAAUAUUCAUUUUGUGUAGAACAGGCAGGGCCGACCCAAGCCUCCGUGGGGCCCUAAGCAAAAUUUGAUUUUGGGGCCCUAUAUUACUGCCAAUAAUAAUGAUUAUUGAUUAUUCACACACCUACUAUAAGUUAUUUCAUGUUCUACUCUGUCAUUACGGAUACACUUGUAAAACUAGAUGUGAGAACUUUCUGUUGUAGUUAAACUGUAAUCCACAGUGAUUAAGGCCAUGGAAGCAGACAACAGAUUUGCAAACUGGCUGAAAAAUCUUUCAAUUAAUAUUUGGCAAAGUCAGCAAGUCCCCCUACUGGCCACACAGAGAAUCAAUACAUACUGUAAAACCUCAAAGAGCAGCCCGGCAUGUUUUACCCAUCUGUGGUUUUUAAUCUGAAAUGGUAGCAAAUUCAGCUACAAGAGCAGCCGGGGGUUGAUUUACACUUAAUAUUCAAAGUGAUAUAGUACUAAGUGGGAUGCCAAAUGUCAUCUAGGCCAACUAAAAGUAAUAAAAUAAACCAAUCAUUUACUGUAAACACAAUCUGCUUUAUUAUUUUUUGUUUUAAAUAAACUGCAACACAGGGGACAGUGGGCACAGUGGAUGGAGCAAAGGAUGGAGAUGGACCUAAGAUGAAAAACAACAACAAAAGCUAGUCAUGUUAGAUGUCAUAUUACACUUGAAAAUUAUGCUGCUUAUUUUCUGAGUAAAAUAGUACAGCUAUAGCUUGUAAUAAGAAAACAAUCUGCCAGUGGAACAACUGAAAAUUGCUUGAAAAGUUUUGAUAUAAUAUGCAUUUGUCUAAAAACAUGUCCCUUUUCAUAUGAUUAUGUAUUAUAUUAAUAUCUUAAUGAGAUAAUUUGACUAGAAAUUAAGUAUAUAUGGUGACAGUUUUUCCCUCACCUGAUUCAUUUGCCUUGGCUGAGCCUGAGGAGGUGGACUGCCCCUGGGCUGAGUCAGUGACUCCUCCAAAAUACUUUUAACAGUGCUCCUGGGGAAGUUUCAUAUAACUUAUGAGCAUAACAGGGAGUUGAUGUAAAAGACAACACAAACACGUUAGCUUGAAUAGUAAGCUAUCUAACCUACCAGUUAAGAGACAUUUCUCUCGCUUCGAACUAACGUUAGCUAGCUAAUUUGCUGUUAUAGGCUAACGUAGUUGGAACAAAAUAUCAACAAUAAUUAGGGACUUUCCUAAUUUGAGGAAACUUUUCAAAAUCUCCUUGACACCAAACGUUACCAAGACAUGCAAAUAUACCUUUAUCUUGUCGUUUUUUCUCCUCUUCCUCUUUCUUUCUUUCUUCUUUCUUCCUUUUUCUUUCUUCUGCCCCUGAAGGGUAUGUCCUUUGUUGCACGGCUGGAUGCACACCUUACUAGCAUGGCUCUGACAUUUAGAGCAGAGAGGCAUUAGGAAACUACACUCUGUUAACAUAAUAUUGUCUUUUUGUACAAAAAUGUACAUUUGAUUAAUAUAUGAAUCCUCAUCACUCACACAUGGAAAAAAAAUAAUUUUUUCUCUUUUUCUUUUUUGAAGUUAAUUGCUCUUGGGGCCCCCUAGUGGUCACGGGACCCUAAACAGGUGCUUAGUUCGCUUAUGCUUUGGGACGGCUCUGACAAUAGGCUAUACGAUAAAGAACUGUUUAGUUUUGUUUUUUUGCCACGAUAAAUGUUAGAGCUAUAGCCUGAUAUAUUUUGUGUCUGAAACAAUGUCUCUUUAAUAUGAUUUUGCGUAGCUUAACAUAAUUAGACGUUAAUGAGACUGAGUAUUUUGUUUGAUAAUAAUGUUUGGAACCUAAAACGUGAUUUCAAUCAUCUUUUUUUCAAUAAAUGUUGAUUUGCUUAACUUUGCAAUGCUCUGCAGUUUAUUGGGUCACACUAGCACUCGUAUUCUAAUCUACAGCAUAUAUUUAAUCAAGGUGUAUUUCUGCAUUACAUAUUAUUGAA